AUGGAUGCUCCCCUACAAAGACAUUUGGCAAGGGUGCAAAUCAUCACGCCUUUGAGUAUCUUACUCAACCUUGCCUCUCUAGUCGUUUGUUCAAUCUUGAUUCAUCCAUCAUUAAAAGAGAUUCAUGAAACACACAUCACUCAAUUCACACCCAAUCCCAACUUUAUCUUGCUUUAUUGGGGUGUUCUCUUUUUACUCCAGAUCGGAUUCGCUGUUUUGAUUGUUGUGAGCCAAAAGGAAUUCACAAAAAAGACAAUCGUAUACGGAGUAGGCGUUCGUUUAGCUAUUUCAAACCUCCUCUUGGGUGCAUGGGCAAUCACUUGGGUCGUUAACAAUCAUGCAUCUUUCCUUGCUGGAUUGGUAUUGUUGUCGCUCAUUGGUGUUUUGCUCUUGCUUACCGCUUUGAUCUUGGCGGUCAAGUACCCGCCAAGCUCAUCAAGACCUCUGGAUUGGCUUUUCAUCCAUGUCCCUAUCAAGAUGUUCCUUGUCAUCACUCUACAAGUUGAUAUUCCCCAAAUGCUAUUCAUGGCUUUGGGAUGGUAUGACACACCAAAAUCAACUGAAACAGAUAUUCGUGCUUUGUGGCCAUCAUUCGGAAUCUUGGCUGGAGUGGGAGCAUUAUCGGCCAUUUGGAUCUUUGCAGCAACAGAUAUCACAUGGGCAAUCUCUGGAAUCUUUUUGUACUUUGCCUUGCUCUAUUCCAAAACACCUGAACUUCAUGAUCGUAGACCAGAGAUUGUCGCUGCAAUCAUUCUGUCAAUGGUUUUGCAAGCGGUUGCUCUACUCGGAAGCUUGUUGUACAAAUGGUUGGGAAGCUACUCUCAAGCAGAAGUCGAUCACGAACAAGAAGGAAGAGUUGCAUUGGGACGUAACCCACAAGAGGAAGCUGCAGCUUUGCGUGCUGAAGCAGAAGCAGAAGCUGCCGCCGCCGCUGCACGAGAACGUUCUCUUUCUGAAGCACAGCAUCACGAUCAAAGCGAUGCAGGUGACACAAGUACAGCAGCAUCAGAUCAUGCAUCUUCGUUGGAACGUGGUGAGAACAAUAUCAAAGUCAGUCGCCGAUUAGGAUAA